UUUCCCCCGCCCCAAAUGAGCGGCGCUCCCGGCGGGCCCCGGCCGAGGACCCCGCCGAGCCGCGGAGCCGCGGCCGCCCCGUCGCCCCGGCCGCCCCCCGCCGACCCGCUGCGCCAGGCCAGCCGGCUGCCCAUCCGCGUCCUGAAGAUGCUCAGCGCCCACGGCGGCCACCUCCUGCACCCCGAGUACCUCCAGCCGCUCUCCUCCACGCCCGUCAGCCCCAUCGAGCUGGACGCCAAGAAGAGCCCGCUGGCGCUGCUGGCCCAGACCUGCUCGCAGAUCGGGAAGCCCGACCCGCCGCCCUCCUCCAAGCUGAACGCCGUGGCGGCCGCCGCGCCCGCCGCCGACAAGGAGCCCUCGGCCCGGCCCGCCGCGCUGAAGCCGCCGGGCAGCGGGGACGCGCCCGCCGAGGACAAGUCGAGCUUCAAGCCCUACUCGAAGGGCGGCGGGGAGCCCCGCAAAGAGGGCGGCGCGGACAAGGCCGGCUUUCGGGUGCCCAGCGCCGCGUGCCCGCCGUUCCCCCCGCACGCCGCCGCCUCGCCCGGCGGCUCCCGCGGGGCCUCGCCGCAGCACCCCGACCCCAAGGCCGCCGAGGAGAAGAAGGAGCCCGAGGGCGGCAAGCCCAGCCCCGAGGGGACGGGCGGGGCGCUGGGGCGCGGGGUGGUGGAGCCCGGGGCGCACGGCGAGCCCCCUUCGGGCCGCAAGUCGGAGCCCCCCGCGCUGCCGCCCGCCGGCCAUGUGGCCCCCGUGUCGCCCUACAAGCCGGGCCACUCCGUCUUCCCCCUGCCGCCCUCCAGCAUCGGCUACCACGGCUCCAUCGUCGGCGCCUACGCCGGCUACCCGUCCCAGUUCGUGCCCGGGCUGGACCCCACCAAGCCGGGGCUGGUGGGCAGCCAGCUGCCGGGGGCGCUGGGGCUGCCGGGCAAACCGCCCAGCUCCAGCCCGCUCACCGGGGCCUCGCCGCCCUCCUUCAUGCAGGGAUUAUGCCGGGACCCGUACUGCCUGAGCUACCACAGCGCCUCGCACCUGGGCUCCAGCAACUGCUCCAGCUGCGUGCACGACCCCGGCAGCCUCAAGAGCGGAUACCCCUUGGUGUACCCCACGCACCCCCUGCACUCGGUGCACACCACGCUCUCCUCCAGCGGCACCCCCAGCCUGCCCGGCCACCCCCUCUACACCUACGGCUUCAUGCUGCAGAACGACCCCCUGCCCCACAUAUGCAACUGGGUGUCUGCCAGCGGACCCUGCGACAAGAGGUUUGCCACCUCGGAGGAGCUGCUCACCCACCUACGGACCCACACGGCCCUGCCGGGGGCCGAGAAACUCUUGGCGGGCUACCCUACCUCCGGGCUGGGCUCCGCGGCCUCCUGCCACCUGCACCUCCCGCCCGCCGCCCCCGGGAGCCCCAACACCUUACCGGCCUCGCUCUCCUUGAGGAGCCCACACACUUUGGGACUAAACAGGUACCACCCCUACGGCAAGAGCCACUUGCCCACGGCCGGCGCCCUGCCCGUGCCCUCCUUGCCGGCUGCCGGACCUUACUACUCCCCGUACGCGCUCUACGGCCAAAGACUCACGUCAGCCUCGGCUUUGGGAUAUCAGUAACCGGCGCGGCCCCGGCCGGCUCAGCCCCAGCCCCCCGCGCCCUCCUUGGACUCUGUAUUUAUUACUGUAUGUUAGCUUAAAGCUGGGAAUAUAAGUGCAUUAUACACCAAUGAAUCAAUGGUAUGCAAAAAGUCUGUGUCCAAAAAAAAAAAAAUAACUCGAAAAAAAGAAAAAAAAAAAAAUCCCUCUUUACUUUGCAGGUGUGGUGGGGCUUUGAUUUUCCCCUUCUGUUUCUUUUGAAUUUUUUUUUUUCCUUCCCCUUCUUAAUUUCCCCUGAGAAAUUCUUGCAUGACUCCUGCCACACAAGGAAAAGCAAAAAAAAAAAAAAAGGCAUUUUCCUCCUUCCCCUCUGCGUUUAUUGCUCUGGGAUCCUGUUCUCUGCAUUUGUAACUUGCAGAUGUAAUUUUUUUUUUGUAAUUUUUUUCUUAUUUUUAAUCUUUGGGGUUUUCAAAUUUUUUUUCCUUUUAAAAUUUUUGUGGUUUAUUUUUUUUUAAUUUUACUCUUUUUUUGUUUUUUUUUGGUUUUGUUUUUUUUUUUUUUUCCUUUUUGCGCUGUGUCCAGGGCCGGGGGGGCUGCUCACGCCGGCCGGGUGAUGCUCACCCCAGGCCGUGCUCCCCCCGCGGCCGUGCCCCGCUGGGGGCUGCAGGACCCCGCAUGUCCCCCCCAUGCCGGGGGGGACCGGAGGAGCGGCGGGCGCAGCGGCAGGACCGGCGGCCCCGGGCGGGCGGACGAGCCCCGGUAAGUCUGAUUUUGUUAAUAAACGGCUCUUGGUUGUACCCAUGCUCUGGUCUCGUCUCGUCCCUGCCCGGGGGUCCGGCGGGGGCCGCGGGGUCCCAGCACCAUCUAGCGGUGGCGGCGGCGGGAGCGGCACCGGAGGAGCCCCGCGGGAGCGGCGGCACCGGCGCCCCGGGUGCGCUCCUGGCGCGGCCCCGCGAGCUCCGCGCCCCCGUGUCCCCCCCCCUCCGUGUCCCUGUCCCCGGUGUCCCCAGGCGUGGCGGCGGAGGGAAGGUUCGAGAAGGCGUUUAGCGGGAUCAGAGCGGUGCCCCUGCGUGGUCACCCCCUCCCGGGGUGCAGUUUUGGGGGAGCAGGUGUGGUAGAAGCAGGGUACCGGAUCUCGGUGUAGGGGGGUCCUGCCUGCUCCCCUUCAAUCUUUGUGUCGGGAGGAGGGUGAUGGAUGGCUCUGACAUGGUCUGGCUCCAUCCCCACCAUGGCUGGGGGGCUCUGCCUGCUCCAUGCCCCAAGGAAAUCGCUUUCACUCCAGCUCUGGGACCCCCGGCCAAGCUGCCCCUUGAAACCCUGCAUGCCCCAUUGCCCCACAUCACUUAUUUUUUUCCUGCCUUGUUCCUGUUGCAUUUCAGUGAGUCACGCAAUUAAUCCCUGUUAAUUGCCUUCUCGAUAUUGCUUUAUGCCCUGUGUUUAAAUUCCUUUGUGUCCUUUGAGCUGAAAAAUAACGCGCUGAGAACAGGGACUACUUUUGCCAAAGGGAUUUUGAUUUCCCUGCCUGUGCCUGAGCGUGGCUGCGGGCGUGCGGCCGCUGGGAGGGCCCAGCUGGGUUUCCUAUGGCAGCAGGAGAGGUUUGGUGGUCCAGGGCCAGUUUGGCUCCAUGCUGAGCUCCCCGAGGCUGGUUUUGGGGGUCUCUGGCUGCCCCUUGCCCUGUGCAGAUGUGGCUGGGCUCCGUUUGUGGCCGUGCUGGUGUUGCUCCUUCCAGGUGGGAUGUUUGCUGGAUGAAGGCUGGGAUUUGCAGGGCUGGGGCUGGCACAGGGGUGUUUGCAGGGCUGGGGCUGGCACAGGGGGGCUUUGCUGCGGGUGUUUGCUCUGUCCUGUGGGCACAGCAGAAAGGGGGUGCCAGGCCCAGGCUGGUGUAGCCCCUCCGGUGUCUCCUGUGUCCCUGCUGGAUGCUGAGCCUGUGGCAGCUGAUGCUGGCUGUGGAGCAGGGUGCCACGGGCGGUGGGCAGAGCAGCUCCAGUGUGUUCUCUCUGGUGGCACAGGAGGUACCCAGACCCCCUGGCCCUCGGGAGCAUUGCUUCUCCCUGGUCUUGGCCCCCACUCCCAGCAGUGAUGCCGCUCGGUGUCAGCCUCGCUCGGGCAUUGCCAGUCCCCAUCAUAAAUCCUGGCUGUGGCUUCAUGCUGGGGUCUGCCUCAGGUUCCUGCACUGGAAUUUUGUCCCACCGUGCCCAUCCCUGGCCGUGGCUGGGCACCUCGUGCCACGGGGUGGGAGGAUGAUGCCGCAGACCCUCGAGGCGCGGUAGCCCGGUGCCAAAAUCAGCGCACCCGGCACGGCCGCUCCGGGUAGCAGCGCUGCCAGGGCCGUGCCAGAUCCCAGCCAAAGAGCAGCCAGGGCACAGGGCAAGGGGCUGCACGGCCUCGUCCUGCUAGAGCCUUCUCCCAGAGCUGCCGGGCGAUCCCUCCUCCCAGCAAAGCUCCAUCCCCUCUCUCCCCCAAACCCUCCCCACACCAGGAUGGUCCCUGCUCCAAAACGAGCCCAUGCGCCUUCCCUUAACCCACGGCAGGGGUGGGUGCUGCCUGGAUGAGUCCUGCUGUGCAGGAGGUUCCCUGAGGAAUAUUUAUCUCCUCCCUAAGGACUGCAGCAGCGGGGCCAGACCGUGUAAACACCACGAGUAUCAUCUGAUAGCGGCGGCACUUGGGCUGAGCUGCUGGGGAACAGUCGUGUUGCCAAUAUAUUAAAUAAUUCCCUGUGUAAUGUAUGCCCAGGUUAUUGCAGAAUUCAUUUUAUAAUAAGAGCACUGGGAUGCACUUUAUUAAUCAUUCUGUCUAACAACCUGCACUCCACAGUUUCGGUUUGAUUUGAUUCAAUCCUGUCUUUCUGCAAAAUAUAUGGCUGAGUGGGUUGGAUAAUGUAUGGCUUAAUUUAGAGUUGUAUGGGUUUGAAUUACCAUUUUCAUAAUGUGCUGUGCAUUAAUGUGUUGCAUCAUUUAUACAGAAAAAUGUGCCAGGUUUCAAACCUCUCCAGGAGGCAAAAGUCACCUAAAGGGAACGUGGAGAGACAGAAAAAGACCUUUUCAAAUCCAGCUGGGGCUGGGAGGACACCGGUGGGUGUCGGACGUGGGGACAGCAGUGUUGGGGCUGUGCUGGUGUCUCCUUUCCCCGUGGCACAGCAGCAUCUUCUCCAGCUCACCCCGAGCUGCCGGGGACCUGCAGCACUUGACUCACCGGUGACCCCGGUGCCGGCGCUCGCCGAAGUCGCGCCCACCGUCACUCGCCCCGCGCCGCGAGGAAAAAGCUCUGAUUAUCCAAAUACAGUCAUUAAAGGGGAAAUGUGUUUUUAGGACUGUCAGAGUGAUUAAUGAGGGUUAGCAAUCCUUGCAAAUGCACUUGUUUAGUCUAACUGGCAGCCUCUCCUUUCCUAUUGAUUUAUGGUGGCAGUUGCCGGGGCCGCGGUGUGUGAGGAAGGAGCGGGGCUGCGCCGGGGCUGCCGGGGCACGGCGAGGGGCCCGGCCGAGCGGCACGGCACGCUCUGCUGUGCCGGAGGCAGCCGAACAAAGGCAACAUUAUCCCCUGUGCCGGGGAAGGAAUGACUUGGACGCACACGCCGAGCCGCUCCGCGUGCCUUAUAAAUAUCCCCGUCUGUGAAGCCCGAAGCCCAGCUGACCACAGCCACGCUGUCCGCCCAAUAAAUACGUGAAUGAAA